CCGCCCCCCGCGCUCGGAGGUGGCGCGCCCCCCGCGCGGGGAGGCGGCGCUUCCCCCGCCGCGCCGCUCCCGCCGCGAUGUCCCGCCGCGGGCAGGAGCCCGACAGCGGAGCUGAGUCCCUCUCUUCAGAUGAAAAAGAGGUGGCGGCCGGGAGCACGGAGGGAGAGGAGGGAGAGGGCUCGGCCGAGGAGCAGCCAACGGGAGAAGACAGUUCCGAAAACAGCUCCAGCAGUAGCUCGGGAGAGGAGUCAGAUGCAGAGGAGCUGGAUGGAAGCAAGUCGGGUGAAGAACAGGAGGAGAAGGAAUCGCCACCGCGCUGCAAUGAGUCAGGAGUGAACUGUCUGCCACCCUGUGAGCACUGCAGAAAUGAAAAUGACCAGAAGGAGCAAGUGGCCCCCAGGAAGCUUUCUGGAGGUCAAUAUAUGAUGCAGCUGGACGCAGAGGGGAAUUACCAAUGCAGCCUCACGGGCUUGAUUUUUGAGGUAACAGGGGCCGUCAAAAUCACAUAUUCCCUCCUAUCCUGGAGCAAAUACGCCAACCUCGUGGAAAAGCCGUGGAUCGUGGGCGGCCCCCUCUUCGACGUGCACUGCAACCCGGCCCCCGCGCUCACCUCCAUCCAGUUUCCCCACUCGCUGUGCCUCGGCGAUCAUGGCGCCGGCCUGGCCUUCAGGGUUUUGCACAUCAAAAGCGAGGGCCCGGCCAUCGAGCCCUCCGCUGACUACUCGGCGUCUCAUGUGAAGUGGCUGGUGAGCUCGCUGUCCCCGGUGGGACCGCUCAUCCAGAGCCUGGAGCCGGUGCAGUACCACGGCGCCGUCAUCCUCUACAAAGCCGUGGACGAGCAUCCUUCCUUAUCCUUUCGGGUCUACGUGGCUACGAACAACGACUCCUUUAUAAAGGAUAUCUCAAGAGCCGUAAAAUAUUCAAAUAAGAAAUUCAUUAGAAUUGACAAGCCCCCUGUAUGCCAAAAAUUACUUCAGAACGGAAAGAGGUAUAGAUUAGUCUGUGAGCCAGAAGCUGAAAUAACUCCAGAGGAAAUUGAAUUUGUUGACGGAUCUCUCUUGAAACUAAAAAGUUACAUUGAAGUUUAUUUGGAGAAACCCGACGACUUCACGUUGUCUUUGGUUGAGCUGGAGUCUGAUGCGACCGUCUGGAAAGCAAAACUAAGAGAGAGUGACUGGAUACAUUACGACCAGAACAAAAACGAGCAGAAAAGAAGCACAGCCAGUGUCAAAAGACGGAAACCAGCCAUCAGCAUUUUGGAAGAACACGACCUCUGUAGCAAAAAGCAAAAAACCGGCAAUACUGCAGAUGGGAUCGAAACAAAAAUCUUAACGGAUCAACAGCUGAUGGUGAUCGCCAAGUUGCUUGGGAGGCAGUGGAGAGAAAUCGCCAUCGAGUGUCUGCAGGUGGAAAUGAAAGACAUCGAGCAGAUUCAGGCAACGGAGGAUGAAGUUAAUAUGCAGAAAUUUAAGUUGUUAAGCAAGUGGAGAGACAGAGAGCAAAGCAACGGGACCGCUGAAGCUUUGUGCAAAAGUCUCUAUGAAAAAGUGUCCUAUGAGGUAGUCCAAGCCCUACAAGGUUUCUCGGCUCGGCACUGAGCUGGAGGAGCGUGGUGGGAGCUGAGAUCUGUGAAGCAUCAUCACUCAGUGGGAAGUUGAGACAGGAUCUUCGCCAGAAAUGUGAACGAAACUUUUCUUGGAUAUAAGCACACGUAAGACUUUCAGGAACAAAUUACUCAGGCGGUGGAUCCCGGCAUCGGGAGUGCCGGGUUUAAUGGGUGGGGAAACCCAACACUGCUGUCCAGCUUUGUCUCAUUUGAGCCAGGCCUAAAAGACGUGAACACGGGGAGAAACCGGCUUGCUCUUUUCAGGUGAAUGAUCGUUAUUCGGAAACGUUUUAAUUUACAUCAGGGAAAGACAGGGAGAAAAGUUGCGUAGAAACUUUCGUCCCCUUAAAAAAAAUAUUGAACUGCCAAAAUCAUGAGGUACUUUGUAUUUCUCACAAAUGUCCAAGAUCAGGGAAGGAUAAUCCUAAACUUGCAGAUAAAUUCCUUUGCAUAAUCACUGUAUAUAUACAUAAUUACUGUAUAUACUUGUGUACAUUCAGUCCUUGUUAAGCUAUGGUUCUGUUGUCUAAAAACCCGAAGACUGGUUUUACGGGAGCACCACUAUUAACUCCAGGCAGCUUUGAAUUUUCCCUGGGAAUUUCUUCUUCACUCUUUUCUGUAUAGUCUGUCUCAGUUUUUAUGAGAUAAGUUUUUAUGUUGUAUAUUUUUGUUUUUGUAUGAUAAACUUUUUAUACUUUUUUUUUACUUGAUUGAUUUUAACUUGGAUAGAAUUAGGUGCUUAAACUGAAAUGGGAGGAGGCAAAAUCUCUGCGAAGGCUGUUCCUCUGUCGGCAAUGUAUGUACUAUGGAAAUGGAAAAGAUUUGGAGAUAAUGUUAUUUACAGAAGAGACAGGCGACCUGAUACAGGAGAUUGUCUUGUUUUUAAAGGCACGGGAUUCUUGCGAUCAUCUUCCUCUGCGUAUGUUUAUGAACAAAAAAGCAUACUUUUAAAAAAAUAAGGAUUAAAAAGGAAACAUUUACACU